AUGGCCAGGGCCACUUCAACAAGCGACAAAACGGAGCCAGAGCCUCUGCCACACCCUCAGGAGAACGCCAAGCCUGAUGACUAUAGGGAAAGGCUGCAGGGUCGAAUAACCACGAAGUUUGUCGACCCAUGCGACCGCGCAGCCAAGGCGUCGAUGGACUGCCUCAACCGGAAUGAAUUCGACCGUGAACAAUGCCUUGACUUCUUCCAGGCUUAUCGAGACUGCAAGAAAGACUGGCUCGACCAGCGCAAGGCUGACCGACGUGCAGGUCGGGAAUGA